AUGUCUUCCGGCGUGGUCCGCUCCACCGCCCUGAGGGCCGGCGGCGCCUGUGUGCGAUGCCGCAAGGGCAAGACCAAGUGCGUCUACGAGAACGGUCGCGCUCCUUGCAAAAACUGCGCCAAGGGCAUGCACGAAUGCUAUCUGCCAUCCGAGUCGAUGGGCGGCGCGUCGCCGGCUCGACACGCUUCGCAUCGUCCCGCCAGGGAGAGUCUGCCUGCUGUGGGCGCCUCAAACCCCGACACGCGUGUCGCGAAUCCGGCCGCCGUUACCUCGCGUCACGGUCAGGCCAUUAUCGCAGAGAAGCUCACGCCCGAACUCGUCCAGGAAUGCGAUCGUGUCAUCUCCAAGACAUAUCCCGCCUGUGUCGUUUUUCCACAAGCCGACCUUUCUCGGUCAGCUGAAGACCUCGUCUAUGGACCCGGCCCUAGUCUAUGCUUCUUCUCACCCUGUGCCGCCCGCCACCACGCCGACCCCGGAACUACCGAGCGCUUCCUCGAGGACGAGUCCUUCCGUCGCGUCAUCUGGCUGCUCUACAUCCUCGACUGCCUCUUGACGAGCCAUCCGGGUCGCCAGCCCGCUCUUUCGGGUGCCGACACCAUCGACGUCUCACUGCCAUGCACUGACAUGAACUUCGCCUUUGGCAACGCCGUCUUCGUCCAGACUCUGAGCCUGACCGACCCCCCUCGCCUGCCUCCCGGCGCCCAUGUCGACAACAUUGGCGAAUUUGGCCACAUCGUCAUGGCCACACGAAUCUGGCGCGACGUCAUCCAGAUGCUGAUGAGCACGUCGACCGAGACGUUCAGCGACGCCACGUGCAGCCAGAUUAUGGGCGCCAUUGACGACCUGCGCCGCUCUCUGCCCAUGCAAUAUGCCGACAAGCCCGGCCAGGUCAAUCUUCACAUCACCAUGGGAUCCGGUUUCACGUACGCCAUGCUGCACUGCAUGCUGCACUGCUCCUCCAUCUUCAUCAACCGCCGUCGCCUGCUGCAGUAUGUGACGGCUCACGAUUUCAACCUGGAGACGUGGCGUGUUACGCCGCAGUGCCACGAGCUCAUCGACCGCCUCUUCACAUCGUGCCACAGCACCAUCGCCAUGCUGACGGCUCUCGAGACGGGCUUUGAAAAGGAGGCCAACCUGUGCUUCCCCAUUGUCAUGCUCUUCUCCGCCUUCACCGCCAGCGCCACCGUCGCUUACCUCUCCCUCAAGGCCUUGACGCCCCCCAACGCCGUCGAGACGGCCGCCCACAUCGUCCGUGACGGCCCUCCGGUUCAUGCAAGACGGUGUCGAGACGUGGCCUCUGAUCGCAUCGUGGCUGCGUCACCUGACGGUCAUGCACCGCGUGCUGGCCAACGACGGUUCUGCUCCGAUGCCCCAGGGAGGACCCGACCACCCGAUGGUCUCGAUUAA